GGCCAGCGCGUCACGUGGCCGCGCGGCGUCCAGGGCGCGGAGCCGCCGGGCAUGGACCCUCAGACCGCACGGGCCCUGGCGCUGGGGUCCGCGGAGCCGCCUCGGGGUCUGCCGAUGGCGAGCGCGCGGGAGUCGCCCCCCAGCCCCGAGGCUGGCUUUGCCCCACAUGACCACUCCGGUCAGGAGAGAGAGACUGAGAAAGCCACCGAUCGACUAGUGCUCAGGUGGCUAAAGAACUCAGUACACUUGUUUUACUGCUGCCCUCUUACCAGCGGAGCCCAGAGCAUCCCUAAUGGGGGUCCUGCCGGCGAUGAGGGCACCCAUUCUGAAGAGGAAGGCUUUGCUAUGGAGGAUGAAGAUUCUGAUGGGGAACUGAAUACCUGGGAGCUGUCCGAAGGGGUGUCCAGCUGUCCGCCCAGGGAACAGGCUGCUGAUCUUUUCAAUGAGGACUGGGACUUGGAGUUGAAAGCGGAUCAAGGGAAUCCAUAUGAUGCUGAUGACAUCCAGGGCUGCAUUUCUCAAGAGGUCAAACCUUGGGUGUGCUGUGCCCCACAAGGAGACAUGAUCUAUGACCCCAGUUGGCACCAUCCACCUCCACUGAUACCCCAUUAUUCCAAGAUGGUCUUUGAAACCGGACAGUUCGAUGACGCCGAAGACUGAGGGUGCAGCUUUUUGCCUGCCAGGUACAUGGGUCUUCAAGAUUAAGGUCUUUCUUCUUUUCUUUGAGGUGAGAUGUCAUAUCUGAGGAAACAUUCCCAGUGCUGCCUGAGCCAGGCACACAGACUGGCGUUAAAUGAGGUCCCACUGUCCCCUGGUUCUGUUGUUGUUGUUUUUCAUGAGUGUGUUACCUCUUUAGACGUGUGUGUGUUUCUGCGUUAGGAGGAAGAGUUGUGUUCUUUAUAAAUAAAGGUAGAAA